AUGGCAGAAAGUAAACUCCCAACAACGGAAGAAGAACUGGAGGUGAAAAAUGAGUUUCCAGCUACAGGUGAGAAAAAGCAACAGGGAAAGACUUCGUCAUGGUGAUUUUGUACUGUUUGUUAAUUAAGUAUACUUUAAUUCUGGUGCUCAAUUUUUUGGACCACCUCGACUUGAAUGUUUUAAGGAAUCCACUAAAUACGCCAGUAUUAGAAGGCUAGUUGUAAUUGCACAUGGUUGUGAUCACUAACAAAGUUGAAAUAUCUUCUCGGUAAUUUCAGCAACAGAGGAAAGUCAAGUUACGUCAAGUGAUGCUGAACUGGAUGUAUACAAUGACCCUUUAAGUGGUAAGAACACCGGCUGAAACAAGAUUUUUUUGAAAGACGCCCCAGUUGAGUUUUUGUCACAUUUAGAUCAAAACUUGCGUAGGUUCUGUGAAUAAGUUUUUGAAACAGCAAAUAUUAUUUUUUUUUAAAUUUCAAACUUUGUUACCAGAAAAAUUAAAAAUAACAAAGGGAAAAACAAUUUAUUGCUCGAUCCGAUCGAGCAGAAUGCGUAGACAUCAUUAACUUCUCAUAAGCAAUAAAGCGGCAAAUUUGAACGCGACUACACUUUUGAAGAGCCCUAAAUUAAAGAAGAAUGAGCCAAAAUUGGCCUACUAGGCUUGGUAAAACUCGGUUUUCUGAGUUUUAGAAGUGCUUACCUGUAAAUCAACGCGCAAUGUUUUGGAGAUAAAAGAUGUAUCUACAAUUUGCACCUAAAAUGAACGAUAUUUGUGCAGUAAAAAGUAUUUUUCUUUUGCACUUGAAAAUAUUGUAAAUUUGGUCAUUUUUAGUAAGAAAGCCAUUUUCGAUAAGAGAGAGCUGUUGGUACCCGUAGACCUGGUAAAGUCCAGUGUUGAAAAAUUUGCAAACGGGUAAUUUUUUUUAGGCCGCCAAAAGGAAAGUAUUUACGCGAACAUCUUUUUUGUCUCUUAUUGUUCAAUACUUGUUCGGAGGAGCUUUCACGCAGUUUGAGAAUUCUACAGAGAGAAGGGGCACGGUCUCGGCCCUAUCGCCUGUUUUGGUCUUCUAAAUAUUUGACACCUUUUCGGACAGUUAUGUCAACACCAGGCUCACGCUGUAAACCACCAGCUAACAAAAUAGUAGAACCCCUGACUUUCACAACAGGCAAAAUGAAAAUUCGCGGGAAAGUAGUACUUUCCCAAUGAUAUUUUUUUUUUCAGUGAGCCUCUACGAGCAUGUUCUCAAUAGACAAUUACAUGUGUGUAAUAAACCAAAAAGAAAAAAAAAGAAAAAAGAAUGUUUUUCUGAUGCACGUGUUACUCUCAGCACGACGUUUCUUUUCUCUAUCCGAACAUUCACAAGUUUUAACCUUUUUCGGUCCUGGCUUUGCUUUGCUUUAUACAUUUUUUCUCAGCAACUUAUGGGGUUUUAUAUUCCAAUUUGACAUUUUGUAAAACGUAACCCAGGUGUAAAGGAAUUUUGGAAAGUCUUUCGACCUAAAUGUAAGCUUUUUUUAUUUUUAUGGCUCUAAGCUCCUUUAACCUAACUGUUCGUUUGGAACUAUAUAAAUUUGGCAUCAUCCGCCAAGGGUCUUGUAACUCAUUACUAAAUCAUCAACACUAACAUGGUGUGUUUCAGGGAUAGCGAUAGUAUGUCUCCAGGAAGGUAACAAAGAAUACACCAGAGGAGAAGCUAAUAAAGCGAUAAACUCCUACACGGAAGGACUUCAAGUGAACUGCAAAGAUAAACGACUGAACGCCAAGCUUUACAACAACAGGGCAACGGCUCAUUUCCGUUUGGGUAACAAUUUUAUUUCUAAAUAUAUAAAUCUUUCAUGCAGUGUUACAAGAUAACGGAAUACACAAUCUGCAUCAAGAGAAGAAAGAAGUUGAGCAACAGCAGAAGCAAAGCACAAAUACAUGAAUCCCCCUUUGAAAAGGGGGAUUCAUUUUCCGAUGAAAAUUAAGCAAAGAAAUGAUUCUCGUUAGUAGACUGCAAUUUAACCAAUUGUAAUUUGUCAGGCUUCUCUUCUAAACCUUCUUUCCUGAAUCUCAUAGCAAACUACAUGGAAGGUCUGGAUGAUGCAACAGUUGCUGUUCAAUUGGAACCCACUUUAAUCAAAGCUAUUGAGAAAGGUGGGUUUUUCAAACAUAAGCCAUCAACAUUCUAUUCUCUGAUUUCGUCAAAAGAGGAUUGUGUGGUUUGGGGCAGGUAACUGCACUUCAAGUGUCAAUUGUAUGUGGUGUGUCGAUGUCUGUUAUGUGGGUAAAAAGCGUAAGAAAAUGUCAGUAAGCUCUCAAAUACCGCUGCCUGGUUAGUUCACGUUGUAGAGCGCCAGAGGCCGAGGGCUCAAGCCCUAGACCAGAACAACACUCUUAAAAUAUCUGAGGAGAAUGUGUUGCCACCUAGCUAUGACAUCUGCAAAUGGUUUGAUAUUCUUGUUCCGAUAUGGACGGAAAGCCGUAACCCCCGUUUCCUGCAUCUUCUCUGUAACUCUUAGCAGGGGACAUUACAAAACCCGGCAAAGAGACACCUGAAAAAUUUCCCUUCAAAAGCUAAACUGCUCAAUGCAGUCUGCCCGAAAACUUCCCCGAAAAGGGCUGAAAAGCGCGUAAGAGCACAAAUGAAGAAUGCGCGAGAUAAAUUCAUCGUUAUUAUCAUCAACUGAAGCUUAAUUGGUAGCCGCUUUGCAUUAGCCCCUUAUUGUUCAUUUUCAAUUCUUUCACAAGUUCAAAAUUCCUUAAUUAUCACAAUUUUUGUUCCCAGCUAAAUGGGAAAUUAAGUCCAUUUUACAAAUACGUUUAUACCUUAACAAUGAUGAAUUACUACGCACCACCAAUUAUUCUCUCCUUUUCAGGAGCAGAAGCGUGUGUCGAACUUUGCCGGUAUAAAGAAGCAAGGAGCUGGUUGUAUAUGGGAUUGGCCGUAUCCUUUAACGAAUGUUUCAAAGGUGAUACGAGAUGCAAUGCGAGUAAUAUUUCAAGGGAAAUCAAUACGUUCCGGAGAGAUUCUUCAACACAUAAUGCAAGCAAUGUUCUCUUAUACUGCACUGAGCAGUUUAAAGAAGCUAAAAUAUUCUUAAAGAAUUCUUUCGAUUAUUCCACAAAACUUUACUCAAAAGAAGAGUAGUUAAUUCUCAGAGUUUGAGCUGAAUACCCCUCAUUUUUGUCUUCAGACGAGCAUCACCAUGACGACCGAACCUAAACCAAUAAAUGCGCUUCAGAGCUAGUUAAAACUCUCCAAUAACUUGAAAUCAAAUCUCUGAAAACAUCCCACGUUCGAAUUAUCAUUCAAGUUUAAAGUUCUAUCUAAUGCUCUCACUGCAUUUUCGAAAAUCUCCUCAUGAUUUAUCAACCCUUGACACGUUUUAAGAUUGAAAAUAACAACAAACGUCUGCUUCAAUUACUAAGGAAAACUAAUGCUGAACUAAUAGUCACGGAAAACAGUUCUUCCAAUCUCGGAAAUGUUUAUCAAGGCCUAGGAAAGUUUCAAACAGCUAUCAAGUACCAUCAGCGUCAACUAGAAAUUGCUAAAGAAGUGGGAGAUAAGACUGAAGAGGGAAGAAACUAUUGCAAUCUCGGCAACGCUUAUCAAAGACUAGGACAGUUCAAAACAGCCAUUCAGUACCAUCAACGUCAUCUAGAAAUUGCCAAAGAGGUGGGAGACAAGGUCGGAGAGGGAAUCAGUUAUGGCAAUCUCGGCAACGCUUAUAGAGGUCUAGGAGAAUUCAAAACAGCCAUCCAGUACCAUCAACGUCAUCUAGAAAUUGCUAAAGAGGUGGGAUACAAGGCCGGAGAGGGAAUCAGUUAUUGCAAUCUCGGCAACGCUUAUCAAAGCCUAGGACAGUUCAAAACAGCCAUUCAGUACCAACAACGUCAUCUAGAAAUUACUAAAGAGGUGGGAGACAAGCCCGGAGAGGGAAUCAGUCAUUGCAAUCUCGGCAACGCUUAUAGAGUUCUAGGAGAGUUCAAAACAGCCAUCCAGUACCAUCAACGUCAUCUAGAAAUUGCUAAAGAGGUGGGAGACAAGGCCGGAGAGGGAAUCAGUUAUUGCAAUCUCGGCAACGCUUAUAGAGGUCUAGGAGAGUUCAAAACAGCCAUCCAGUACCAUCAACGUCAUCUGGAAAUUGCUAAAGAAAUGGGAGACAAGGCCGGAGAGAGUAUCAGUUAUGGCAAUCUCAGCAAUGCUUAUCACAGUCUAGGACAGUUCAAAACAGCCAUCCAGUAUUAUCAACGCCAUCUAGAAAUUGCUAAAGAAGUGGGAGACAAGGCCGGAGAGGGAAUCAGUUAUCGCAAUCUUGCGAACGCUUAUCGCAGUCUAGGACAGUUCAAAACAGCCAUCCAGUACUAUCAACGUCAUCUAGAAAUUACUAAAGAGGUUGGAGACAAAGCCGGAGAGGGAAGAAGUUAUGGCAAUCUCGGCAAAGCCUAUCACAGUCUAGGACAGUUCAAAGAAGCCAUCCAGUACCAUCAACGUCAUCUAGAAACUGCUAAAGAAGUGGGAGACAAGGCUGGAGAGGGAAGAAGUUAUGGCAAUCUCGGUAACGCAUUUCACAGCCUGGGACAGUUCAAAACAGCCAUUCAGUACCAUCAACGUCAUCUAGAAAUUGCUAAAGAAGUGGGAGACAAGGCCGGAGAGGGAAUCAGUUAUUGCAAUCUCGGCAACGCCUAUCACAGUCAAGGACAGUUCAAAACAGCCAUCCAGUACUAUCAAAGACAUCUUGAAAUUGCUAAAGAAGUGGGAGACAAAGCCGGAGAGGGGAAAAGUUAUUGCAAUCUCGGCAACGCUUAUCACAGUCUAGGAGGGUUCAAAACAGCCAUCCAGUACUAUCAACGUCAUCAAGAAAUUGUUAAAGAAGUGGGAGACAAGGCCGGAGAGGGAAUCAGUCAUGGCAAUCUUGGCAACACUUAUGACAGUCCAGGAGAGUUUAAAACAGCUAUUCAGUACCAUCAACGUCAUCUAGAAAUUGCUAAAGAGGUGGGAGACAAGGCCGGAGAGGGAACCAGUUAUGGCAAUCUCGGUAACGCCUUUCACAGCCUAGGAGAGUUCAAAACAGCCAUCCAGUACCAUCAACGUCAUCUAGAAAUUGCUAAAGAAGUGGGAGACAAGGCCGGAGAGGGAAGAAGUUAUGGCAAUCUCCAUAACGCCUUUCACAGUCUAGGACAGUUCAAAACAGCCAUACAUUACCAUCAACGUCAUCUACAAAUUGCUAAAGAGGUGGGAGACAAGGCCGAAGACGGAAGAAGUUAUGGCAAUCUCGGUAACGCCUUUCACAGUCUAGGACAGUUCAAAACAGCCAUACAUUACCAUCAACGUCAUCUACAAAUUGCUAAAGAAGUAGGAGACAAGGCCAGAGAGGGAAGAGGUUAUGGAAAUCUCGGCAACGCUUAUCACAGUUUGGGAGAGUUCAAAACAGCCAUCCCGUACCAUCAACGUCAUCUAGAAAUUGCUAAAGAGGUGGGAAAUAAGGCUGGACAGGGAAUCAGUUAUGGCAAUCUCGGCAACGAUUAUCGCAGUCUAGGACAGUUCAAAACAGCCAUCCAGUACCAUCAAUGUCAUCUUGAAAUUGCUAAAGAAGUGGGAGACGAGGCCGGAGAGGGAAGAAGUUAUGGCAAUCUCGGUAACGCUCAUCGCAGUCUAGGACAGUUCAAAACUGCCAUCCAGUACCAUCAACGUUAUCUUGAAAUUGCUAAAGAAGUGGGAGACAAGGCCGGAGAGGGAAUAAGUUAUGGCAAUCUUGGCAGCGCUUAUCACAGUCUAGGAGAGUUCAAAACUGCCAUCCAGUACCAUCAACGUCAUCUAGAAAUUGCUAAAGAAGUGGGAGACAAGGCCGGAGAGGGAAUCAGUUAUGGCAAUUUUGGCAACGCUUAUCAAGGUCUAGGACAGUUCAAAACAGCCAUUCAGUACCAUCAACGUCGUCUAGAAAUUGCUAAAGAAGUGGGAGACAAGGCCGGAGAGGGAAUCAGUUAUGGCAAUUUUGGCAACGCUUAUCAAGGUCUAGGACAGUUCAAAACAGCCAUUCAGUACCAUCAACGUUGUCUAGAAAUUGCUAAAGAAGUGGGAGACAAGGCCGGAGAGGGAAUCAGUUAUGGCAAUCUCGGCAAUUCUUAUGGCAGCCUAGGACAGUUCAAAACAGCCAUGCAGUACCAUCAACGUCAUCUAGAAAUUGCUAAAGUGGUGGGAGACAUGGCCGGAGAGGGAAGAAGUUAUGGCAAUCUCGGCAAAGCUUAUCGCAGUCUAGGACAGUUCAAAACAGCCAUACAAUACCAUCAACGUCAUCUAGAAAUUGCUAAAGAAGUGGGAGACAAGGCCGGAGAGGGAAGAAGUUAUGGAAAUCUCGGCAAAGCUUACCGCAGUCUAGGACAGUUCAAAACAGCCAUCCAGUACCAUCAACAUCAUCUAGAAAUUGCUAAAGAGGUGGGAGACAAGGCCGGAGAGGGGAGAAGUUAUGGCAAUCUCGGUAACGCAUUUCACAGUCUGGGACAGUUCAAAACAGCCAUCCAGUACCAUCAACGUCAUCUAGAAAUUGCUAAAGAGGUGGGAGACAAGGCCGGAGAGGGAAUCAGUUAUGGCAAUCUCGGUAACGCAUUUCACAGUCUAGGACAGUUCAAAACAGCCAUCCAGUACCAUCAACGUGAUCUAGAAAUUGCUAAAGAAGUGGAAGACAAAGCUGGAGAGGGAAUCAGUUAUUGCAAUCUCGGCAACGCUUAUCGCAGUCUAGGACAGUUCAAAACAGCCAUCCAGUACCAUCAACAUCAUCUAGAAAUUGCUAAAAAGGUGGGAGACAAGGCCGGAGCGGGAAGAAGUUAUGGCAAUCUCGGUAACGCCUUUCACAGCCUAGGAGAGUUCAAAACAGCCAUCCAGUACCAUCAACGUCAUCUAGAAAUUGCUAAAGAAGUGGGAGACAAGGCCGGAGAGGGAAUCAGUUAUGGCAAUCUCGGCAAAGCUUAUUGCAGUCUAGGACAGUUCAAAACAGCCAUUCAGUACCAUCAGCGUCAUCUAGAAAUUGCUAAAGAGGUGGGAGACAAGGCUGGAGAGGGAGGAAGUUAUGGCAAUUUCGGCAAUGCUUAUCAAGGACUAGGACAGUUCAAAACAGCCAUCCAGUACCAUCAACGCCAUCUAGAAAUUGCUAAAGAAGUGGGAGACAAGGCCGGAGAGGGAAUCAGUUAUGGCAAUCUCGGCAAAGCCUAUUGCAGUUUGGGACAGUUCAAAACAGCCAUUCAGUACCAUAAGCGUCAUCUAGAAAUUGCUAAAGAGGUUGGAGACAAGGCUGGAGAGGGAGGAAGUUAUGGCAAUUUCGGCAACGCUUAUCAAGGUCUAGGACAAUUCAAAACAGCCAUCCAGUACCAUCAACGUCAGCUAGAAAUUGCUAAAGUAGUGGGAGACAAGGCCGGUGAGGGAACCAGUUAUGGCAAUCUCGGCAACUCUUAUGGCAGCCUAGGACAGUUCAAAACAGCUAUCCAGUACCAUCAACGUAAUCUAGAAAUUGCUAAGGCAGUGGGAGACAAGGCCGGAGAAGGAAGAAGUUAUGGCAGUCUCGGCAAAGUUUAUUGCAGUCUAGGACAGUUCAAAACAGCCAUACAAUACCAUCAACGUCAUCUAGAAAUUGCUAAAGAAGUGGGAGACAAGGCCGGAGAGGGAGUCAGUUAUGGCAAUCUCGGCAACGCUUAUCGCAGUCUAAGAAAGUUUAAAACAGCCAUCCAGUACCAUCAACGUGAUCUAGAAAUUGCUAAAGAAGUGGGAGACAAGGCCGGAGAGGGAAAAAGUUAUUGCAAUCUCAGCAACGCUUAUUGCAGUCUAAGACAGUUCAAAACAGCCAUCCAGUACCAUCAGCGUCAUCUAGAAAUUGCUAAAGAAGUGGGAGACAAGGCCGGAGAGGGAAUCAGUUAUUGCCUUCUCGGCGGGAUUCAUCUCCGUCAAAGACAGUUGGAAACGGCAAUCAAGUGUUACCAACGUCACCUAGAAAUAUCCAAAGAAGUGGGAGAUAAGACUGGAGAGGCGUGCUCACUCUGUUCCCUUGGAAGCAGUUUUGAAUGCCAAGGAAAUCUUAUGAUGGCCUUUGACUGUUAUUGCUCGAGUGUAGAAUUGUAUGAUGAUAUCAGGGCCAGUCUUCAACUCAACGAUCAGUGGAAGAUUUCUUAUCGUAAUCAGCACCAAGUAGCAUACAAAGGUUUGUGGCGUGUAAAUAUCAGUCGAGGUCAAGUUGUGAAAGCUCUUCUUGCCACAGAGAAAGGACGUGCACAAGCUCUGAGAGAUCUCAUGGUCACAAAAUAUCAGCCUGGAUAUUCUUUAACGCCCAGCGCAUCCCGCAUUUCUCUGAGGUGGGUUCCAUUGAGCACAGUUUUCAUAGCUAUUAACGGACCAUGCGUUUACUUCUGGGUUUGCCUCAGUGAAGAUAAUAUCCAGAUGAGAGAAGUACACGUGAACAAUUAUAAAUAUGAGGAUGAAUUGAAAUUUUUCAUCCAGUUACUGAACAAAUCUGCUCUUAAAGAGAUCGGUGCAAGAGGUACUGUUGCAAUCGAAAAUCCUCUGCUUGAUUCGCCGGCAGAAGAAGAAAUGGCCAGUGGUGUGAUCCGAGUUGAUGUGAGAAACAUCCAGUUACUGAACAAAUCUGCUCUUAAGGAGAUCGGUGCAAGAGUUACUGUUGCAAUCGAAAAUCCUCUGCUUGAUUCGCCGACAGAAGAAGAAAUGGCCAAUGGUGUGAUCCGAGUUGAUGUGAGACACUCCCAAUCAAGUGCUUUAAAUAAGCUGCAUGACAUCAUCGUUGCUCCUAUUGCUGACCUGAUCAAAGGCAACGACGAGAUCACAUUCGUUCCUGAGGGGCCAUUUUGCCUUGUACCUUAUGCAGCAUUGCAGGAGUCGAACUCAUCAUAUUUAAGUGAUUCUUUCAGAAUUCGUGUGCUUCCCUCUCUGACGACGUUGCAACUAAUUCAUGAUUGUCCAGCUGACUUUCACGUGAAGACCGGUGCAUUGCUAGUCGGUGACCCAUGUUUCAAACAUAUCAUCUAUCGGGGAGGACCUUUGGUGCAGCUUCCAGGAGCAAGGAAGGAAGUGGAGAUGAUCGGACGUAUCCUCAAUGUCUCCCCUCUCACUGGAGAAAUGGGAACAAAACAUGAAGUGUUAAAACGAAUAUCAUCAGUGGCGUUAGUUCAUAUUGCCGCGCACAGUAAAAUGGAAACUGGAGAAGUUAUCCUGGCACCAAACACCACAAGAGAUAACCCUCAGCCGCAAGAGAAAGACUAUCUACUGACGAUGAAAGAUGUCAUAGAAGCUGGGUUGCGAGCACGUCUGGUUGUACUUAGCUGCUCUCACACUGCUCGUGGGGAGGUCAUGGCCGAGGGUGUGGUCGGCAUGGCGCGUGCACUUUUGGGUGCCGGUGCUAGAUCUGUUGUGGUAACCUUGUGGGCGAUUGGCGACCAGGGAACCCUGGAGUUCAUGAGUUUCUUCUACGAUGCACUUGCCAAAGGCAAGAAGGCAAGUGAAGCUCUCAAUCAGGCCAUGAAGUGUAUGAGAGAAAUUGAAAAGUUCAAGGAGGUUUGGCACUGGGCACCAUUUGUACUCAUUGGUGACGACGUCAACCUGGACUUCAAAGAUAUUUCGAAGCUUAAGUAA